GUGUAAUUUGGACUGAAAUGUAUUUUAAUCCGAACGAACUUGUUGAGCCAGGUAUAGGACUCUGUUCAGUCUGUGGAGAUAGGGCUGAUGGUUAUCACUAUGGUGUUCUUUCUUGUAGAGGAUGCAAUGCAUUUUUCCGUCGGGCAGUAGCUUUUAAUCUUCAAUUUCAUUGUCGACGUGAAGGGCAUUGCGAAAUUAACAAAAAUGCCCGAUGUGCUUGCCGGUAUUGUAGGCUACAAAAAUGUUGUGAUGUUGGAAUGGAUCGGUCUGCUGUCCAAAUUAGAAGAGAAGUAAAAGACUUGUUAGGCCUUACUACAAACUCUGCUAAAAGUAAUUCAGGUCCUCAAUCCUCCCUUAGUGCUGAUUCUUCAACCAUUUCACAACCAUCUAUCAGCCCUUUUCUCUCUGCUAAUGUUUUUGACAGUGCAAAAUCUCUUGAUUCGCCUCAACUAAAAUCUCGAUUUCUCGGUUCAAUGAGUUCUUCUUUGGCUAAUAGUCCACAAGUUGCCCACCCCCUCGAUCGCUUUGUUGAAUGGUAUUUCUGUCAACGUUAUAGACGCUCCUCAAUGCUUUGCUCAACUGUAGAACAAAUUCUGCUUUGUUCUCAACAAAGGGGGCAACAAUCAAAAAUGGCAACCGUUGAUGAUUUAUGUCAGGUCAAUAAAGUUCAGAUGGUUUUACUUUUUGAAUGGAUUGAACAGUUAGAUGAAUUUGAGACUUUGGCACAUUCACUUGACAAGAUUCGUUUAUUAAGAACUUUUGCUCCAAAAUAUCUUUUAUUAGAUAUUUUAAUUUAUACAUUAGAGCAAGGAUUUACUGAUUAUAUUUUAUUACCUAAUGGAAGUUAUAUACAUCGACAAAGUUUAUAUUGUGGAAAUCAACAAUCUAAUUAUGUUAAUUAUGAAAAUGGAGGGGCGGAAAUGAGAAAACUGAAAGCUGCAGAAAUGUAA